AGCUGAAUUUGAUGAAGCAGAAAAAUCUCAGUCUGAUGAAUCUUCUUCAUCGCUUUUUCCCAGAAAUGAGAAAACUACAAUUAAUAGACUCCUACAAAGUGGUGUUGAUCUUUGAUGGUCUGGAUGAGUGUCGACUUCCUCUAAAUUUCCAGAACAAUGAGAGAUUAUGUGAUGUGACGGAGUCAGCCUCAGUGGAUGUGCUGCUGACAAACCUCAUCAAGGGGAAUCUGCUUCCCUCUGCUCUCCUCUGGAUAACCACUCGACCAGGAGCAGCCAAUCAGAUCCCUCCUGAGUGUGUAGACCAGGUAACAGAGGUACGAGGCUUCAGUGAUCCUCAGAAAGAGGAGUACUUCAGGAAGAGGAUUAGUGAUCAGAGCCUGGCCAAUAAAAUCAUCACACACAUGAAGUCUUCAAGAAGCCUCUACAACAUGUGCCACAUCCCAGUCUUCUGCUGGAUUUCAGCCACUGUUCUAGAGAGAAUGUUGGUUGAAGCAGAGAGUGGAGAGAUCCCCAAGACUCUGACUCAAAUGUUCACACACUUUCUGAUCUUUCAGAUCAAACACAAGGACCAAAAGUACCAUCAGAACUGUGACCCUGAUCCUCAGCAGACCAGAGAGAGUAUCCUGGCACUGGGAAAACUGGCUUUCCAACAGCUGGAGAAAGGAAACCUGAUCUUCUAUGAGGAAGACCUGAGAGAGUGUGGCAUUGAUGUCAGAGAAGUGUCAGUGUACUCAGGAGUGUGUACCCAAAUCUUCAGAGAGGAGUCUGGGCUUCACCUGGGGAAGGUGUUCAGCUAUGUACAUCUGAGUGUUCAGGAGUUUUUGGCUGCU